AUGGAGACUCUGCAGGACCGUGAGCUCUGUUUCCCACAGUUCCUGAACGCCUCCUGUAGGAGGCCCAAGCACCCGAGGAGCGAGACUGUGCUCAUGUUCACUCUGCUGUCCUUCAUCUCCUUCCUCACAGUGACUCUCAAUCUGCUGGUCAUCAUCUCAAUCUCCCACUUCAGAAAGCUCCACACUCCCACCAACCUCCUCCUCCUCUCUCUGGCCACCUCAGACUUCUUUGUGGGCUUCCUCCUGUUCUUUCAGACCUUCAACAUGUACAGCUGCUGGUUUCUUGGAGACGUGUUGUGUGUUUUGUACUACCUUUUAAUCUAUGUUAUAGCAUCUGCCUGCAUAGGAAACAUGGUGCUCAUAUCAGUAAACCGGUACGUAGCCAUCUGUCAGCCUCUGCAUUACUCCAGCCAGAUAACAGUGGGGAGAGUCACCACCUGCACCUGUCUGUGCUGGCUCUGCUCAGUUUUAUACAACAGCAUCCUGAUGAAGGAUAACUUCAGACAGCCGGGCCGGUUCCGCUCCUGCUCUGGAGAGUGUGUGGUUGUUGUGAGCCACAGUGCGGGAGUUGUUGAUAUCAUUAUCUCCUUCAUUGGUCCCGUCAGCGUCAUCAUGGUCCUGUACCUGAGAGUGUUUGUGGUGGCUGUGUCUCAGGCUCGUGUGAUGCGCUCUCAGGUUGCGGCUCAGCAGAGUUCAGUGAAAGUCACCGUGAAGAAGUCUGAGCUGAAAGCAGCCAGGACUCUUGGCGUGGUCGUGGUGGUGUUUCUUUUAUGUCUCUGUCCGUAUUUCUGCGUCACGCUGUCGGGACAGGACACUCUGAUCGACGCUUCGUCUGCUGCCUUUGUGAUCUGUCUGUUCUACUUUAACUCGUGUCUGAACCCUCUGAUCUACGCCUUCUUCUACCCCUGGUUCAGGAAGUCUGUGAGACUCAUCGUCACACUGCAGAUACUGAAGCCCGGCUCCUGUGACACCAACAUACAGUGAAGACUGACAUCUUUUAAACACUGUAAACAUAUAGAGAUGUUGUGGUUACUAAAUGUGUUUCAGAAAGAUCUAAAUGCACAUGUCGGUCUCUGUCCUGAUAUCUAACCUCAGUUUGUAAAAGUUUCUUUUAAGAUAAAUGUCCCACAAGGACGUA